AAGAGAUGGAGGGUAGGACUCCCCUUCAACACUGUCUUCAUAUGGCCACAGAACUUAAUUAUGUGGUCUGGACAGACUUGGAUAACGAAGGGCAAUUGAGCAGACUAUUAAUUGCAAAUCCUACCUCUAUCCAAAUGAUACGUACGUGGCCGUAUGUUGUGCUGAUAGAUACAACGUACAAAACGAACAAACAAAAGUGGCCACUAUGUGAAGUGAUCGGAAUGACGCCAACCAAUCACAAUUUCUUGGUUGCGUUUUGUUUGAUGCGAGAUGAGGCGGCUGUGUCGUAUUCGUGGGUGCUGCAGGGAUUGAGAGAUAUUUUCGGCACUGCUCAGACUCCUAGCGUCAUUGUAACCGAUCGAGACGAAGGUUUAUCUGCAGCUAUUCGUGACGUCUUCCCAGAUGUGCGGCAUUUGUUAUGCAUCUGGCAUAUUGGCAACGACGUUGAGAACAUGGUGGACAAGUUGUGUGGCGGCAAGAAAAAUCAACAAGGGCAGGUAUUCAGGAAAAGUAGAUGGAACCCCUUGGUUGAAAGUUCUACGAUCGAGGAAUAUGAAGAUAAAUGGCAAGUGAUCGUCAGUACGUGGUCGCUUAGGAACAAAAAGGUCGUUCGGUAUUUGACUGGAACAUGGAUUCCACUGAGAGAGAAAUUUGUCCGUGCGUGGACGAAUGAUUGUUUACACUUGGGUAACCGGACUACCAGCAGAGUUGAAAGCCAACACUCGUCUUUUAAGUAUUACCUUGGUAGCGGUAAUAGCUCAUUCGAUACCCUUUUCAAAAGGGCGCACGCACAGAUUACAAAUCAGCAAGCUACAAUCCGACAAGCGCUACAGGAUUCUAUGUCUUCUGUACAAAGAUCGAUGCGACAGCAUUACUUUAGACCUCUAUAUCGCCACAUAUCUCUCUAUGCCUUGGAGCAGCUCCAGCUUGAGUAUAAUCGCAUGUUAGAACUCGUCGAUGAAGUCCUCAAAUCUGAUCCCGCUGUUGUUCGCCGAAUGUCUCAGUUACUUGAAUAUGAACUACACCCAGAUGGCGCGGAAAUACCUGAGCCUUACGCUAAUCAUCUUCUCGCGGUCGAGGGUCUACAUCUUCUUCCCGCGGGAGAUCUAGUGGCAGAUCUAGUGGUCGAGAGACGCAAUCCUCAGUAG